AUGGUUGGCGCCGACGUCCAUACGGUGGCCAUCGCAUUGCUCGUCACGGUCAUGUUCGCCGCGCUCGAACGGCUCUGGCAUCGCCACCGAUUCCGUGCAGAUAACCCCAAGUACCAAUCCAAGUCCCACCCUAUACUCGCUGCUGCCGAUAUGCUGAGCUCACGAGAUCCGGUCGAGAGUCCAGAUGCCAAGUCACAGGCUGUGACCACUGCUGCCGGGCCCAGCACCAACGGAGCAUUGAACCAACACUCGGCUGCACCCUACGGCUAUGAAGUCGGUGUAGCCCACGACCGCGGCCAGAGACGCACCAUGGAGGAUGCUUAUUCAUUUAUCGUCGAUUUUGGCAACGUCCGUGGCCAGGGCUAUUUCGCCAUCUUUGACGGCCAUGCAGGCAAACACGCUGCCGAGUGGUGUGGCCAGAACUUCCACAAGCUAUUCCUCGGAAAUCUCGCAGAGCACAACGAGCCUAUCCCCGAUAUCCUCAACCGCACCUUCCACGCCGUCGACAAGGAGCUGUCCGACAUUGCUGCCCAGGGCGCGACCCAUUCAGGAUGUACCGCCGUCACUGCGUUUUUGCGCCUCGAGGACGCCGAGGGAAAGCCCGUCAAAGACCCCCACGGACCGUGUCGCCGAGUGCUCUACACCGCCAACGCAGGCGACGCACGUGGUGUCCUCUGUCGGGGCGGGAAAGCCGUCCGGCUUACGUAUGACCACAAGGGCAGCGACAAGCAAGAAGCCAAACGCAUCGUCGAUGCCGGUGGAUUCGUCCUCAACAAUCGAGUCAACGGCAAGCGUUCUCCCUGUGUACUCGCCGUCACACGCUCGCUCGGCGACUCGGCCAUGAAAGAGUUCGUCGUGGGGAGUCCGUACACGACAGAAACCGAACUCUCGGAAGACGACGAGUUUGUCAUUCUCGCCUGCGAUGGGCUCUGGGAUGUGGCAGACGACCAAGCCGCAGUCGAUAUCGUCCGCAAAGCCGCCCCCAACUCGGCCCAAGACGCCGCCAAGACCUUGCUCGAGCACGCGCUUUCCAGCUUCUCGAUGGACAACGUGAGCGUCUUGGUCGUUCGGUUCUUGCCCGUCGGAGCGUCCAAAUAG